AUGCUUUACAACGGCCAACUUUUGCACCGGGGCAACAACAUCUCCGUGUACUUCGCUUUGGGCGGAGCGCGCGAAGACAACGCCAACUUGUCUUUAAUGGUCGGUAACCCCGAAACUCGGCGACGAUUGGUGGCGUCCGUUUGGCUUGAGCUUAACAACCCGUUUCAACCGUGGACGGGAGUGAACGUGGACUGGGACUAUCCGGGAGAACCAUGCAACCCCGGAACGGGCAGCGGCGCCUUCGUUGAGCUGAUCAAGGACUUAAAGAGACAGUUUAUUGAUGUCAUCAUAAGCGUUCCACCAGUGAAGUCACGGCUACAUGUCUACAGCCUGGACAAGGUCAUUGGUUUAGUCGACUUUAUCAUCAUCAAAACGCACAUGCACACUGCGAACCCAUCGAUGCGUGAAGUCGUCAGAUGCAGCGGGGAUCACAGCGACGCGGCUGACGUCUUCAACGCGGCACUCAGCAGCAUUCCCAAGACGGAUGACGAUUGGCGUCUAGGAUACAGUAUUUCGGUGGCUCCGGAGACGUUCGUAGCACCGGCCGCUCAGCUGGGGGCUCCCGUCCUGGGCACGGCGCCGUGGGACAACCAAACCCGUCAACCCGGCCGGACGAGCUAUGCGUCCGUUUGCCAGGAGAAGCCAGUGAUAAGAACCAACUCGCACCCGUUGUGCCUCGUGGUCGCCCGACAAAUGGAGAACCAGAACGUGCUCGUUGCAACUUUCUCCGACGAGCGGGCACUCGUGGAACGCAUGAACCUGACGUACUCGAGCAACAUGGCCUUGGCACCGGUGGCGGUGUACGACAUUGACCUGGACGACUUUGCCGGCGAAUGCGGGAACGGCCUGUCGCCGCUCAUACGAGCUCUGGCCACAGGUCCCGGCUGA